AGGAUCGAUACUUUAUCUGUCUCUCUUCAUUCGCUACCAGGGAAACGUUUUACCAAAUAAGGUCACGUGACGGAAUCCGGAAAGGGGCGGGACUUCCGCCGGUAGUUGUAGUUCGCCGUGAGAUGCAGCAGGGGGCGCUCUGAACCGUCACCGUCACCUUGACCUUUGACCCCGUCGACCCGUCAGAAGACGGUACUGUUGCUUUGCUACAAAAUGGAGGACGACAUCUAGCCGAGAACAAACAUUGACCGAACGGAACAUCCGAGGAGCAGUUUGUGGAAGUGUGUUGUGCUCGACGCCGUAGAUGGAGAUUAAAUGGCGGCUGUCUUUACUCCUCACCUAUAACAAACCCGCGGACUCACCUGCUAGUUCACCUGCUAGCUUAACGGCUAGCUUAACGGCUAAGUGAGCGGAGGAACCGCGUACGAGCGGAGCAGCGCCCGGUGCAUAACCGCGUCUGACUGCAUGUUAUUCGGACCUUUCAGCUUGAGGCGGAAGCUCAGUCGUGAUGAGACAGAAGGGAAGACAAGGUUGGAGUGUACAUGGGGAAAAGAGACUUUGUCGACCGUGUUGACUCCGUGGACCCAGUGGAUGGCGUCAUCAUCAUUGAUCCUGAGGCUCUGCAGGGGAGGAAAGUCUUCGUCACCCUGUCCUGCACCUUCCGGUACGGCAGAGACGACAUGGAUGUGAUGGGAAUCGCCUUCCGCAGGGAGCUGUACCUGUCCACCCGUCAGGUGUACCCACCCCUGCAGGACCGCGAGAAGGGAAUCCACACCAGGGUACAGGCCAAACUGCUGCGCAAGCUGGGAGACAACGCCUACCCCUUCUUCUUUGAGUUCCCUGACAACCUGCCUUGCUCAGUGGCCCUUCAGCCAGCGGCCCAUGAUGACGGCAAGCAAUGUGCCGUGGAGUUUGAGAUCAAAGCGUUCAGCGCUGAGAGCCAGGACGCCAAAAUACGCAAACGGAGCAUGGUGAAGCUGAUGCUCAGGAAGGUCCAGUACGCUCCAGAAGGCGAGGGAGCCGUGCCCUCUGUCGAAACCACCAGGGACUUUGUCAUGUCGGAUAAACCGCUUCAUGUCAAGGCCAGUCUGGACAAAGAGAUUUACUACCACGGUGAGACCAUCAAAGUGCACGUCAGCGUCAAAAACGACUCCAACAAAAACGUCAAGAACAUCAUCCUCUCUGUGGAUCAGGUCUCCACGGUGGUGUUGUACUCCAACGACGCCUACGUCAAAUCUGUGGCCAUCGAGGAACAAGGGGACUCGGUGGCUCCUGGAGGGACCCUGGAGAAAGUCUACAAGCUGCUGCCUCUGCUGGCCAACAACAGGGAGAGGCGGGGCAUCGCUCUGGACGGCAAACUGAAGCACGAAGACACCAAUCUGGCUUCAUCAAGCAUUAUCAAGGAGGGUGUGCUGAAGGAAGUGAUGGGGAUCAUGGUUUCAUACAAGGUCAUGGUGAAGCUCAUCAUUGGAGGGAUGAUGGGAUCAAGUGAGGUCGGCCUGGAGGUUCCCUUCAAACUGAUGCAUCCUAAACCUGAUGCAGUGAAGGAGAGUGAAGCGGAGGAGGAGAUGGAGUUCCAGGAGUUUAAGCGCUCUUACCUGAAGGGGAUGAACGACGACGAGGACGAAGAUGGAAACGUGUCGGGUGGUGACGACAUGGCGCCCAAAGAGAAAUAAGGGAGAGAGUCGGUUGCUGGGAGCAAAGACAGCUGGGAGUUUGAGUCGCCUCAGAGUUUGUGCUUGAAAAAGUUGAGACUUAAAGGACCAUGUCUCUGAUUUUGUAUGUUUUACUACCGUUUAGAUUUUCUUCACUGAAAGUAAAACCUAAAGGAUAGAAGCAGCUCUCAUAUUCCCUCAGACUGAUGUUUUUAUCUAACUCCUCCUAUCCUUGUUGUUUUUCCUGCUAAUCAGUGUUUCAUUUCUUGUGUGAUAAAACCUACCAGACGGACGAGACAGACAGACUCCUGGCUGUCAGGAUGUAAUGUUAGCUGUACGUUUCUGUAAACCACAGACACACCGGAUGUUGUCAUCUGUAGCAAAGGUAGCAUCAUUUCUAAAUGGCCGCCCACAGUCUGAGUCAUGCCAGUGGAUGUUUUUAAGGACAGCCAGGGACAUUUCCAUCUGUUUUAGUGGCGUCAAAACCCGGUGUUUUUAAAAGGACACUUGCGGACUUUUCCAGCCAUUUGAGUGGCGACGCAAAGUGUUUUUUCACAGGAAACAAUCUCCAUCCGCAACUGUGGCAAAAUGUUGGUGUGGAUGGUAUUUUAAGCCAAACCACGAUGUUUUCCUGAUUCUAACCAAGUCUUCUUUGUGCCUGAACUGAACCAGAUCUUAAGUUUAGCGUUGUGACAAGACAGAAAUAGAAAUUUCAACCUAAGCAGACACAAAGUUUGCAACCUAAAGAAGCGUCCGGUUCUAACUUCUCUGUGGUUUUGCAGAAAUGUAAAUGGGAAACAUUUCCUCAGGUGAUUGUGUCGAGAUGUGCAGCAGGGUUGGUGACGGUGUGGAUGAAGCUGUCGAGACAAACCUGAGCUGAAAGCGGCUGAGCAGCGCUGCACAGCUGUGUCUGAUUCAGUCAGAUGAUUCAUUUUAGAUAACAUGCAAAACCACUGAUAUGGUCCUUCAGUAGAGUAAGUGAUGAAUCCUUGUAAAGCAGUACGUAAGAAUAUAUGUGUUUGCUUUUUCAGUAAUGCAGCUGUUUGCUGACUCUUAACUGCAUCAUAGAUGUGACUUUUGUACAAGCAGAGCAAGUGGAGCUGGAAGAUUUAUUGUGUUGUGCCGAAAACGAUUAAUCUGCUGCUGAUGAGUUCAGAUUUUAUGUAGAGAGCUAAACUUAAUUUGGCUUGUAAAGAAUACGUGCUGCUCUGUGUGACUGCAGUUUGAACUGUGUGACAAUAAACGCUGAUUGAUUAACUCUUGA